CUCCACGGUGAUGGAAUGAUUGUCGCGAGUUGACAGGAACUUCGGUUAUUACAGUAGCGUGUUUGAUUCGGACGGUCUCGUCAUGGCUAAAAGUGACAGUGAAUACUUCAGGAGAAGCAGUUUAUUCUGGAUUGUGAUCGUCACUCUCUCAUUGAGUUUCUACACGUGGACGGUGUUUUGGCCGCAGGAUGUUCCCUAUGACUCUCUGGGUCCUCUCGGUGCUCUGGCCAAACAUUUCGUUGACUAUCAUUAUCCGAUCAUUUAUUACGGGUGGUGUUUGACCUGGGUUGUACAUACCUUUGAGGCUCUUUAUGCGCUCAAAGUGUGCAGUGAUAAAGGGAUCGACAGCACAUCGACACGUCUGCUGUGGUUUGUUCAGACCUUCUUUUUCGGUUUCGCUUCUCUGGGUAUUCUGCUCAAAUACAAGGCAGGCGGCCGAUCCAAACAGCAUUGACCGGAGCGGAGGAAACUUCAUGUCCAGCAGAAGCGUGCGGGAAGAGAGACCGCACACUCCUACAGCACAGCGGCAGAGCUUUUCUUUUGUCAGUCAUAUCCUCGGCUCUGGACGUGUGUUUGACACCUCAUUCAUUCAGCAGACGGGUGAAAGCGUGCAGUGAUUUUCCUUUUCUUGAAACAAUGAACACUUCAAUGAAUGUUGAUCACCGGAGAAAAUCAAUUGAACUCGUCCUUCUGUUAUUAAGUUCUGCUCUUACAGUAAAGCACUUACAGUGGAGAUAAAGAGGGCAACACCAUACAGUGCAAACCAUGAACAUGUUCAUCCAAAGUUAUAUAAAUCUGUCACUUGAUGUUUCAGAUCUGUUUCUUUAUGAUCUGUUCUUCUGUUGAUCAGAGAGGAUCAUUUAGAGCAGAAUGUUGUAAUAACUACACAAUAACUUGAACACACCAAAUACAACUGGAAAAGCAAGCAAACAUCGGUUAAUAUCACGGACGUUUAUCAGAUUGGAAUGACAAAGUGCUUGACCCCUUUACUUUCAUUGUGAGCGUGUGUGUGAAAACCACUUUGUGUGCUAAUUGCUUAAAUUUGACCAUAGUAGAAUAUUUUACGAUUCACAUCAAACACUAAACCUUCAUUACAUUUAUAAAAUAAUGUACAGAUGAACAGCGUUUUUCAAGUAAAUCGAGUGUGUGAGAUAUAAAAGCACGCAGUGGACUGAUGAAGACCAUUUUAAAGAAAUAAAUCUCUUUUCACAUGCUUGUUUU